AAUAAAUUAAAAAUUCAUCUUGGUAUCUGAGUGGUUUGAAUCCGCACAAUCUUUCUCUUUGGGUUUACGAGAUUGGUUUCGAGACGGGACUACAUAGCGCCUGUGUUUUCAAAAGUCGAUUUGAUUGGUAUCUGGUUUUGUUUCACAACGAAUUAGUCAUCAACGACAUUGUACAUGAUAUUUGACAGUUUUCGUCACACGAUAGUUAAGUGACAUCUCGAGAAGAACUGCUCUAGAUAUAAAGCGUCCUUGGCUUAUUGGAUGUCACCGAAGAUUUCGUAAAUAUGAGGCAGUAGUUUCCGUUUUUCUGGUGUCCAUUUCGAAGGUCGAUUGUUUGGAAUGUUUUCCCGCUUUUGUGCGUCAUUCUCCCGCAAAAUGCUUGCUCUGUGGUGAACCAUGGAUCUUCAUCUUGAGUAACUCUUCGAUUUCCUGUGGCAAAGAUGAUUGCUCAUAAAAUCCUCCCGAUAUUUUCCUUGGUUUUCGCUAGGUGUGGGAAGAGGAGCUACCUUCUUAGCGAAAUGAAUAGAGUUCGUUCAACCUUGGGUGAAAAUUCCUUAUAAAAAUCGAGAUCAACCGAACGUAUUUUAAUAUGGGAUGUGGUGUGUCGGUGGAAAAUGGAGACGAUUCCAGCGUUGCAUUGGGAAAGUCAGAAAUAGCCAUACGUUCAGCGAUCUUAAUUCAGAAAUGGUUCCGACGAUAUCAGGCUCGCAUCGAAGCCCGACGAAGAUGUACCUGGAAGAUUUUCCAGAGCGUUGAAUAUGCCGGUGAACAAGAUCAAUUGAAGCUAUUCAACUUCUUUAAUGACAUGCUGAACCAUGUUGCUGAUGGUGAUAAUAAUGCUGUGGAUAUCUUACGUAAGGGUUCAGCAAGCAGUUCUACAUCAACUAUAUCAAAAACAUCAGAGAAAUUGGAGAUGCUUACUGAUCCAUCGAAGAUCACAGUUGAGGAAACUUACAAGGGACCUCAUGUUGCACUACCACUGACGCUUCUCACUGUGCGCAACAUCAUUGAGCUCUAUAAGUCUCACAAGCUCCUUCAUGUUAAGUAUGUCCUCCUUAUUCUUCGAGAAACAAGGGAAAAGCUCAAGGUAUUACCUAACAUCUACAGGGCUUCCACAAGGAUCUCCAAACAGAUAACAAUUUGUGGUGACCUUCAUGGGAAACUGGAUGACCUGUUUGUGAUUUUUCACAAGAAUGGUCUUCCUUCAGCUGAAAAUCCUUACAUCUUCAAUGGUGACCUUGUGGAUCGAGGCCCUUACUCCGUUGAAAUUGCCAUCAUUUUAUUUUCAUUUUUCCUGCUUUAUCCCACUGGUGUUUACAUCAAUCGUGGUAAUCAUGAGGAUCAUAUAAUGAAUCUCAGAUAUGGAUUUGUCAAAGAAGUAAUGGACAAGUACAAGGAACAUUCUUCAAAAGUCAUGCAGUUGUUUGGAGAUAUCUUUGGAUGGCUCCCCUUAGCUACGGUAGUGAACAACAAAAUUCUUAUCACUCAUGGAGGAAUAUCUAAUAUUACAGAUUUGUCAUUCAUUGACAAAAUUGACCGUCACAAGUAUGUGUCAAUACUCAAGCCACCGGGCAUGGACAAAGCACAUCCAGAUACUUUUGACUUGUUGGAGUGGAGACAGGUGUUGGAUCUGCUGUGGAGUGAUCCCAAACCCUUCCCUGGUUGUAAACCAAACACAUUUAGAGGAGGGGGCUGUUACUUUGGUCCUGACAUUACAGACCGCAUCCUGAAGAAACAUGAUUUGGAGCUUCUUGUGCGUUCUCAUGAAUGUAAAUUUGAAGGAUAUGAAUAUAUGCAUGGUGGAAAGGUCAUAACAAUAUUCUCAGCAUCAGAUUACUAUGAGCAGGGAAGCAACAGGGGUGCAUACAUGAAGAUUGGACCUGAUAUGAACCCUUACUUCGUUCAGUAUCAAGCUUCAAAAGCUAAGAAGCAUCUCACCUUGAAACAGAGGAUUGGAAUAGUUGAAGAGUCUGCAAUACGAGAAUUAAGGGAAAGACUUUAUGCUAACAAGAUAGCCUUGAUGGCUGCCUUUGAAGAAAGAGACAAGGGAAAUACAGGAUAUUUGACUGCAACUCAGUGGGCAAGUGCAGUGGAGAGUGUGUUAAAAUUAGAUGUACCCUGGAACAUGCUAAGACAUCAGCUUGCCCAUGUUCUGCCUGAUGGAAAAGUGGAAUACCGUUCCUGUUUUGACCAGUAUAUCAUUGAGACAGGACUGCACAAGAAUGGCCCAAGCAUUACUGAAACACUCUACCGACAUAGGUCAAAUUUGGAAACAAUAUUCCGCUUAAUGGAUAAAGACAAUUCAGGGUUUGUUUCCAUGGAAGAAUUUGAGGAGUGUUGUCAUCUCCUGAAUGAGCAUACAAACUCUAAUAUCCCAGUGGACUCUAUUGAAGAUUUGGCAAAAAGUAUAGACAUGGAUAAAGAUGGCCACAUUGACUUCAAUGAAUUCCUGGAAGCCUUCAGGCUUGUGGAUCAUUCCAACUCUAACCAUUUGUCUUUCAAAGAGCAUUCUCCUGUCAAUUCAAUACACAUUGUUUCAUAGAAUAUGCAGCAAUCAGAUAUGAAAGUUUUGUGAACUGUAGGUGAACAAGUGAAAAAAAAUGUGCAGCAAAAGAUUUCCUCCAUUUUGAUAUGAAUGAGGUGUAAAUAACCAUGCAUACAUGUACGUAUUUAUCCACACUUGAAGUGUUCAUACUAAACAUUUUAAUUACUAUUUAUUAUUCUGAUUUGUACAUACCAAAUCAGUUUUUUUAAGAGCAAAGAAAAAAAAUUUUUAAGGGCCCAACUGCAUGGGUUUAUUGCAAACCAAUGGUUUAAAAGAAAUUCUGAGUCACUCCUGAACAUCCUCUUACAUAGCAAAGCAAAUGAGGGAAACAGAAAAUUCAAGUGUUGAAGUUCUGCAUGAAGAUGCUGUCACACUGCAUACAAUGGAGGGGGGAGAGGAGAUAAACGCAUGGUUGAUUAUCAACUAAAAGCUGGUUAUGGUAGAAAAAAUCAUUAGAUUGUUAAGUGGCAAUUGUGGUGUGAUGAAGGGGUACUUGUUGCUUUAAAAAAGUCAGCUUUCUAAAUUCUCCUGAUAAUGAUAGGCGGAGGACCUGUGAAGAGAUUUAUGUUUUGAGUUUGUGUUCUUAGCAUGUGAUACCGAUGCUUUCAAUUCAUUUGGUAACUUGACACAGUUCUUGUUCUUGUUCAAAAUCUUUAUGAAAGAUUGGCUUUUCUAUUAAUUUUUUUUUUCUUAUGAUAUCCAAAGCUUGGUAUUUCAAAUGACCACACCACUUCUGAUUAAUUUAUGCCAAGCAUGCCAGAGAGUUUGAAAGGAAAUUUUGAAAAAUAAUGUAAAGUAGUGAGUUAAUACUGUAUUUAAAAAUUUUAAAUUAACAAGCUUAUAUUUGGGUACUGGCAUUGGAGUAAUAUAAUUCACCAUCUACUUUGAUAAUGAAAUAACAUAAUAUUGCAGCCUCUUCAGGUUCCUUUUUUAACCUUAUCUGCAAGAGAUUGUACCAUGUAACUGUAACUGAAAUGUAAAGGGAGCAAAUCACUUCGAGAGUAGGGGAAACACAACACUGCUGUGCAGGAUGUUGAUUACUAAAUUAAUAGGUAUUAUAAUUGUCCCUUUACUCUUUUUGCCAAUUCCUAAGAUCAAAUAUGCAGGCCCUAGCUAGCACUGCUAAACCAUUUAACUCCCAUGAGCGACCAAAACAGAAUUUCUCUUCACAAUAGUGAUACACUAUCAACCAGACAAGUUAUGAGAAUAGAGGAAAAUAUCAAGAAAAGGAUUCUCAGUCAAUCCAAAACCAAAUUCUUCAAACUAACAACAUUAGCAUUGUAUGGCAGAGAGUAGUGAGAAUUGCUAAUGAGAUCUGGAAGUGAAAGGGUUGAAAAAGAGGUCAAGUAGGAUUGAGAAUAUCAAGUGUCGGCACAGAUUCAUAGAAAUAACCUUUUUUCAGACACGAGUUGUUGAUGUGUAGGCUUAGACUCCAGCUGUGGGUAUGUCCCUCUCAAAAGGGUCCUGAAGUCCUCUUCUAAGGGUUAUCAUGAUGGUUGCAUUAACUGACUUGGGGUCUAGUGUUACUUCCUCUGGAUAGUAGGAUGUAAGUCAAACAUACACUGUAAGCUGCUGUCGUGGGUUUCCCUGGCAAUAAAUUGGUUCCCAUCUAUACUCAUGAGAAAUCAGUACCACAAAAGGUAAGACUUGUGAAGUUACAGGUGAGUUAAUUUGCAUGGGGAAGUUUCAUCAAAAACUCGAUGAAAAAUAAGAGUAAUGCCAUCCAGCCAAUGUGUUUUUGCAACCUCAAGGGUCUGGGCCUUAUUUUCCAUUAAUUUGGAGAUUAGAAAAUGCAGGCUUACUAAGAAAUGUCAAUAUUAAAUCCUGCUAUGUUCCAUUACAUAAUAUGUACAUGCACAUGCAUCUAUGGCCCCUUACGCCAUGAGUUUGACUCCAUAUUGAAAUAAAACUUGUUGUGUCAUUGGA